AAUAAACAAUAACUCAUGACCUUAGGCAAUGCCUCAUGCUUGAGGCAAAAAUUCAAGCUUUGGCCCAGACUUGUUAACCCAAAACACUACUCUACGUUCUCAGAGGACCAGAAUCUCAUUUCUCUUUUGAAAUCUUGCAAGAAAACCUCAGAAACCUCUCAAGUCCAUGGCUUUAUGGUCAAGACUGGCCUUGACCGUGUCCCCUUCACUCUUAGCAAGCUUCUCGCGUGUUCCAUCAAUGACAUGGAAUACGCAGCCUCUAUUUUCAGUUAUAUACAGAACCCCAAUUUGUACAUGUUCAAUACCAUGCUCAGAGGCUAUUCCAUUGGUGAUGACCCAAACCAAACUUUUGGUGUUUUCAGUCAUUUGAGGGCUCAAGGAAUUACACUAGACCAGUUUUCUUUUAUUGCUACUCUUAAAGCAUGUGCUCGUGUAUUGGCCAUUGGAACUGGGCAAGGGAUUCAUGGGGUGGUUGUGAGGUCUGGGCAUGGGCUGUUUAUCGAUGUAAAGAAUACCCUUCUGCAUUUGUAUUGUGCUUGUGCGAGAAUUGGGGAUGCCCAUAAGUUGUUUGGUGAAUUUCCUCAAUAUGAUUUGGUUUCAUGGAACACUAUGAUGAGUGGCUAUCUUCAUAUGUCUCAGCCUACUAUGGUAUUGGAUUUGUUCUGGCAGAUGUGUAGGAGUGGUUUGAGAGCCAGUGUCACCACAAUUUUGAGUGUUUUAUCUGCUAUUGGUGAUUUUGGAAAUUUACAUGGAGGAGAGUCUCUUCAUGGGCAUUGCAUUAAAGUUGGCUUUUGUUCUGAUUUAAAUUUGGUUACUGCUUUGAUUGAUAUGUAUGCAAAAACUGGGAAUAUUGAAUUAGGGCGUAGGAUUUUCAAUGAAGCUGCUGAAAAGGAUGUUGUUACAUGGAAUUGUAUAAUAGAUAAGUAUGCAAGAAGUGGCAUGGUAGAAAAUGCGGUAGCUCUAUUACAUGAUAUGAAACUUCAUGGAGCGAAGUUGAACUCGUCUACAUUGGCAGGAUUGCUUUCAGCUUGUGCUGCCUCUGGAGCCAUAAAUAUAGGCCGACGCAUUAAUGACUAUGUGGAAGAGGAGGAAAUGGUGUUGGAUGAGGUUCUUGGAACGGCUUUGGUUGAUAUGUAUGCUAAAUGUGGGUUCUUGGAGAAGGCUAUAGACAUUUUUGAUAGGAUGGAGAGCAAAGAUGUGAAAUCUUGGACAGCCAUGAUUUCUGGUUAUGGCGUUCAUGGGCAGGCGAGAGAUGCCAUUAUGCUAUUUUACAGGAUGACGCAGGAGGGCUGUAGACCUAAUGAAGUCACUUUCUUGGCAAUUUUAAGUGCUUGUAGCCAUGGAGGAUUGGUGACAGAGGGCAUGAGAUGUUUUGAGGGGAUGGUAUGUGAAUAUGGCCUAUCACCAAAGGUUGAACAUUACGGAUGUAUGAUUGAUCUUUUAGGUCGUGCUGGAUUGCUAGAGGAAGCACAUAAGUUAAUCAAGAGCUUGCCCAUUAGGGGUGAUGCUACUGCAUGGCGUUCACUGCUUGCAGCUUGUAGAGUCUAUGGGAAUGUUAAAUUGGGGGAAUGUGUGAAGAGAGUAUUAGUCAAAAUAUAUAAUGAACACCCCACUGAUUCAAUCCUUCUCUCUAGCACUUAUGCCAUUGCUGGAAGGUUGCCAGAAGAAAGAAGAAUGCAGGAAAUGAAGGAAGAAAAGAUAAUGAAAGGAGUGGAAUGUAAGUCAGUUGGAACAGAGGAAGAAAAGGUGAUGAAGGAAGCUGGAUGUAGCAUAAUUGAGAUGGACUCUCACUGGUGGCCUCGUGGGCACCUAGUUGGGGAAAUGAGAGUAAUCGACUGACUGGUAUUCGUUCUCUGCCCAAGGGAACAUUAGCACUUUUUCCCUGUAUGAUAAAUGUUUUUGACAAACUGACCCAAUAAGAAUGCAUGUUAUUUUCUCUAGUUGAAAUAAGAGAGACGGCCAUUCUAGAUCUUGCAAAUUCAAGUUCUUCCCGGUUGGCGCUGUGAAGAAAGAGACAUGAAGAAAUGAGGAGGGGAAACUCACCGGUGAAGAUCUCUCCUUUUUUCCUUUUUUUUUUUUUUUAAUUAAAAAAGUGUAGUGUGAUUACUGUGUGAGGUAUAGCAUUAAUUUUUCCAUAUACUGAUAUACAUCCUAUAAGGCAUGUACCAGUUGAUGUAUAAAUGACGUGAGGGCUUAUUUAAAUCUCAUUUUUCUA